AUGGCAGACUCAGAGCUGGAAGAGAUCAGGCGAGCUCGUCUUGCACAGCUUCAACAGGGCGGUCCCCGCGGAGGACCCAGCCAAGAUGGCGGCCAGGAAGAACAGCGAAAACAAGCUGAAUCCGACCGCCGUGCCUCUAUUCUUAGCCAGAUUCUCGAGCCCGCCGCCGCAGACCGUCUCGGUCGUAUUCGUCUCGUCAAGGAAUCGCGCGCAAACGACAUCGAGAGCCGACUCAUCAUGCUAGCUCAGUCUGGCCAGCUACGACAGAAGGUUUCCGAGGACCAGCUCAAAGAGCUUUUGAAUGCGGUUGCCGAGAACCAGCGCAAGGAGGAGGAAGAACACAAGAUCGUGAUCACCCGGCGCAAAGGCGGCUGGGACGAUGACGACGAUCUACUUGACCUGUAA